AUGAGUUUUUCAACAAUUGAAACAAGGUGGAUGAAGUUCGGAAAAUCUCAUGACUUCGUUUUUGUUGGGAAGGAAGUCAUAGCAACGGCUUCUGGCAUUUAUGUGAGUUUUUUGGAUCUGAAUACGAGAGAGAGACGAAUUGAACGCUUCGAUAACAAAGAGAGAGGCGAUGGUGCAUCGUGUUUGGCUGGACAUCCGACAGUUUCCAUGUUUUCCGUAGUUGAGAGAAAACAUAAUCCCAAAAUAUCAAUAUAUAUGUAUCCGAUGCUACAAAGGAUCUCCAGGUGCAUAUUACCUGACAAAAUUAAUGGUUAUUUAUCCUGUUCUUUUGCUGGUACAGAAUAUCUCAUAAGCUUGACUACCUUCCCCGAUUUUCAAUUGAUUGUAUGGCUCUGGAGAACCGGCAAACACGUUGCAAUGCUUAACACAAAAAUAGACAAUCUUAAUCAAGAAAUUUAUUGUUCACCGAAUCCUCCACAUUUAAUAUCGCAACUUGGAAUUGAUAAUAAUACACUCUCGAUCUAUCAGGUGCGUACGUGCUCCAAAAUCGUAAGUAUACAUCAUGUAAACGCACUACUUCCUGAACACAGAAUUGUGUCUUCAUCCUGGACAUUAGAAGGAAAUUUAUUUGUCUCGGAUGAAUUCGGAAAUGUAUGGCUCGUGAUGAUAGAAGCUAAUAAGUUGUACUCGGUGGUAAAAUCGAAAAUACGCGAACAUCCAAAAAAUAAGCCCAUUGUUGUUACUCAUAAAAGCGGCGUAAUAGUUGUGAAUCCCAAUAGUGAAAUUACGUUUUACAAGAAGACGUCUGCGGAUUGGAAUGUGGCGUGGAAAUUCAUUUGGUCGAUUUCGACUUUCUAUUCUAUACAAGUAGGAAAACAACAUUAUUUCAAAGAUGGGAUUUUGCUUCAUUCUAAAAACGGAGAAAUUUUUGAGAUUUGUACGCAACACGACAACAUUCCUCAUGUAGAAGUUAUUUAUACGGACGAAAUUGAAUACAAAGCAUUGUUUUCUAUAUCUCAGCGUACAGAUCACGUCGCGAUGUUAGAUCGAUUAGAUCGUCUUUGCAUUUUCGAGUUAUUGACCGGUAAACUGACAGCGAGAUUAUCUCUGAAGCAUCACGGUGAAGUUCUUCAUGUAGAUUCACAUCCUACUUUACCAAUGCUUGCGUCGUGCAGCGCUGCUGGCAAUUGCAUACUAAUCGAUAUCAUAAAAGUUUCAUUGCCCAAGAUUUUUAAUUGCUUCCAUCUCUAUGGAAACUCACUAGAUAAAGUAAAAUUUUCAGACCAUGGCGAACUUUUGGGAAUUAGCAAUUCUCAAACUGGCAUAAUGUUCAUUAUUGGUAAACGAUAUAAACAACAACGUGUAAAUGUUCUAGGAUUUAUAGAAAUUGAUGGAUAUAUUACUGAUUUUUUGAUAUACGAAAAAAGUUACGAUUGUUUUGAGAUCUUGAUCCUAAUAACAACUAUUCCUUCUAUGGCUUCGAUCGGCGGUAACAAGGUAAUUGUGUACACUUGCAAGAACUCGAUCGAGUUCUGUACACAUGCCGUUUGCAUAAUAGAUAUAUCAAGACCUUUCAAGGCGCUCUAUCAUGGAUGUAAGCCUCUGGACAUAUUGGGUGUACCUUCUUUGUCUAAACAGUUACAUAAAAUGGAAAUAAAGAAUAAUUUUCAAGACAUCGUCCUCACAGAUGCAUUAUUAUCCAUGCAUCAGCUGAGAAACAUUGGAAUAUAUGUUACCGAUUCUCGAAUUGUGACAUAUGGAUACGAUGGCUUAAUUAUAGUUAGAGAUAACAUGGAACUUCACAAAGUGAUUGCAAUUUUUAUGCCACACCAUCGUACUCAAGGUGGCGAUUUUACUUCUGAUCCAAACGAACAAUAUGAUCAAGGAAAAAAAUCCUGGUUGGAUAGUAUAAUCGCCGAUAAAUUGAAAGCCGAACACGAGGAAGUUCUACUUCUACGGGCUUCUAUUUUAGCCGAUCUUGAGAAAAUUCAAACGCAAAUACGUGAGCUUCUCGAUAUAAACGAAAGCGAACCACCGAAUGCCCGUUUGCCGAUCUCAGCUUUUGAUUUGGAUCGCGAGGCUCGACAGCGGAGAAUAGAAGAAGCUCGACUUGAACGAGACAAGUUACGUCAAAAGCUUGAAGAGGAUUGCGCUCAACGAGAUCAGGUGGCAUCGAAUCUACGUGAAAUAUUCUGGGAACCGCUGCAAGUUAAACCAUGUGCUCUCAGAUCAAUUGGUGGUGAUACAAUCGUUCAAAAUUAUCCUCUCAUCGCAUCGACCCAAAAGAUGAAGGGGUGGGAUAGACUUUCUUCGGACACUGACGAAUUUUUAUACAGUUAUGAUGUGUACGAUAGAUCAGUAGAUAAAGAAAACGAUUCAAAACGAGAAUUUACAGUAAUUUCCAAUAAAGAAUCCUUAACAACUAAGGCCGAAAGCAAAACGUAUCAAACAGCUAAAAGAUGGUACACACUCGCGGAUAAUGAUGAACAAUUGUGUAUAUCGGGUAUCACAACGCAUAAAUGGAUUGAGGAAAGCAUAACUUCAACACAUCAGUUAUUGACUCCAUGUGACAAUCUCGAGGCUAUCCUACAGAAAGAUGUUAUCAUUGAAAAUCGAGAGCGUAAAUUAAAAAUGCAUUUUAACAAGCUCUUCGAAGAAAUGAAAUGCGCAAAGGAAUGCGUAUUAAAAUGUGCAAAGGAACGCAUUAACAGACUUCAAUAUUGCGCAUCUGAAUUGAAGACGAUGUUUGAAAUAAAUUCCGUUUUGGAGCCAAUCGAGACUCCUUCCUGGAAUGUCGACGAAAUACCUGACUACGUAAUUACCGUAAAAGAUCACGAAGUAUUUGAAAAGUCACAAGGAGAAUUGAAAAUAAUGGAUGGAGAAGAUGAAAGUAAAGACAAAAAAAUCAGCGAUUUUUAUAAAGUGGCUCUUGAAAAAAUGAUGGAUGGUGUAUUAGAACUUAAAUGGGAAGACGAGGUAAAAAAGGAAAUACCUGUGCCGGAUUGUCUAAUUAUGAAGAAUCCUUCGAAAUAUACCGAAGAGGAUAUUGCAAUUAUCACAUCAUAUAAGUCCAAAGUGCAAGCUCUGCAAAGAGAACAAGAAAAAUAUAAAGCUAUAUUGCAGGCUGAUAUUGUAGAAACAAAAGACGCCUUGCAGAGAGACAUCGCCGUAUUCAACGACAAGUUAAAAGAUCUGGAAUUAAAGAAGAUACAAAUUGAAAGCGCAAUUCUUCAGGAAAGACUGACAAGGUUACGUACGAUUCGAAGACACCGUACUAUGGUUAACGGCAAAGAAAAAAUCGCUCGUUUCACUAACGAGAAGUUAACACCAGCAAUGCAAGAGGCACGCAGGCUCGUCGAGGAAUGCAACUCGCUGGAAAUGGUUGUGUCAGAGCUAAAAGUUCGAUAUGACAACCUCUGCAAGGCGGACAAACGUCAGGAGGCCAAGUUCCGUGGUGAAUUCGCAGAGGUGAAGCAGUCGAUAGUAGAACACUUGUUCAGGCACUACAAGAAGCGGCCCAAGACCAGUCGACUGACUACCACAUCUGUCACAUAUCUGACAGAGGUAGCAAGAUGCGUCAUAAGUAGUGAGAAGUCAGACAUCUUACCCCACGAAUGCCUGGAUUUUCUCAAAGGCAUGGAUGCUUUGGAUUCAAUGCCUCGAAAUUUACCACCACAAAUUAACAUCGAAUAUUGGCAAAUGAUGUGUAGAUUGAGGAGGAUAAAGGUUGAAAUGGAGAUAAAGGUAACAUGUUGCGCGGUAGAGAUGGCCGAAGCGGAGCAGACGCUGUCGUUUUAUCAGAAAGCGAUGCAGUCAGCUGAUAACGCCGUGGCAUGCAAGAAGGUCAAUUUAGAUGACAGGGAGAAAUCCUUGAUACAAUUCGCGCAGGAAAUGGAGAUUCAACUUGUCUUAAAAAUGGGCCAGAUCGAGGUACCGCUGCAAGGUUGUCCCUCUGACUAUGCAAACGCCAUUCUCGUUACGUGCGAGGAACUUUUACGGGUCAACGAUUGUAUUGUUGAAACCGGGAAACGUAAACUGGCGGCUAUGCAUAAAUCCAUGCACUUGCAGAAAAUCCUAUCACAAUAUAAAUGGCAACACGUUUGCGCAAAGAUGACAAUGGAGGAUUUGCAGCGGGACUUGAAGGAUAUCCGAGAGUUCAAGAUUACGAGAAAUGUGCUCGAAUUUUUGAUCAACUCUCCCUGUAGUGUAAAUUUACAAAGAGAUUACGAAAAGAUGCAAGUCAAUUUGCAAAUAUUUCGAAAUAAAUUUCGUGAAUUGUUGGAAUUAGAACAAGCAAGUCUGAAAGAAGCGAAGCUGCGGAUAGUUAAGUGGAAGAAAAAGAACGAUAAGAUAUCGCAAGAGAUCAAAACAAAGUCAUCAGACGUUGAAAAGCGUCGCAGGUUGCUUGAUGAUCCGCAUCGCAAGAGGGACGAAGAGUCUCGAAGGAUAAGACUCGCGGCGAUUGCGAGACGUACUAAACUCGUUAUGAAAGCAGAAGCUAAUUAUGAGCAGCUGCUAAUCUUACAUGCUCACCUCGAGGUUUUGAAAUUGCGAACGUAUCCGACCUUGCAGUUUAAAACCGCAUAA